AAUGUUUCCUCUCAAGUUAUUGUGUGACCUACUGAUUCAAGAGUCAGCCGUGUUAAUAAAAACAAAAUACCUAUUGCAUUUUUACUUCAUAUUUAUGUAUUUGUAAAUCCGACGAUGUGGAAACUUAUAUGUAUAAGUUUUUGGACCUAUGUUAUACUGACGGAAGGGGUAACCGAUAAGCCCUCUGUGCACUGGUGGUGCGAUGAAAUAGAGUGUUAUUACAGUGACACUGACACAUUACCCUUCGAAGAAAAAUGUGAUAGCAACAAAUCCAUCCCUUAUCGCUUUAACAGUACCACUGGAACUUGCGAAUUGAACUUAAUUGGAUUGUUACUGUCAUUUAAAGUUUUAAAUAAUAGAUUAGGAGCCGUUGUUGCAGAGAAAACCCGCAAGAGCAAUGAUAUUAUUUUUCAACGAGUGAUUAAUGCGGGCAUAAUUUUUGCGGGAUUUGCAAGCGUGUGUUUAUUUUUAGGAUGCUUUUAUUGUUAUUGGGUGCAAUAUUCGAAUCAUCAAUUGAGGAGAAGCUUGAAAAUAAUAGAAAAAGAAAUACACGUACAACAAACAAACAAAAGCAAGCAAAAAGUUGGAAGAAAAGAAAAUAAAGAAAGUGGGAAAACAGACAGAUGUAAAACCAUGCCCGAAGAAGUUCAAGUGUCCGUUGUUUAAUCCAGUUGUCUUUUUAAAGCUAUUUAUAUUCCGUAUUAUAACAAUAAAAUUAAAAUGUUUAAAAUUGUUACAAUUAUUAAAUUAUACGUUCAAUUCAAACACAGUCCAAACAAUCAGCGUCAUGAUUCGAGGCCAGUCUAUUUUAGUUCCUUUGCUCUCGUUCGGCGACCCAACUAAACAU